GACACAACAUUGCAAACAAAAUGGAUAGACUCUUGCAUUUGCAGCUUGACAUUGUUCAAUAAGGGUUUUUCUGACUCGGCAGAAGUGGCACACGGCCUGGAAAAAUGUUCUUUUCGUCACUGUUUGGGAAGAAGGACUCGUCUUCAACCGGGACGCAAGCUGUGGCCAGUCAGCCCGCUCAAGCUGCGCCAGCGCACACGGACGGAGUUGCUGCAGCACAUAAUGAGCGAUCCAGCUCGGUUCCAAGCUCAAGUUCGGGCUCCGGUCUGACCCCGACAGCGGCCAACUUGGACCCGGACUCAAGCGUGCACAAUGCCUCUCAGACGCUGUCACCACUCUCGAACAUCACGCUUCCAACAACGUUGUCCAUUCCUUUGGACGGCUACUGCGUGAGCGUGGAGCUCGCGCCAAGCUAUCCGCAGCAUGGCGGGGCACCGGCACAGCCCGGUGGCCUGCAGGUCCAAAUAGCUCAGCAAAUGCUCGCUUUUGCGACGCAGCAGGCGACUCUGCUACAGCAGCAAGCGCUGCCGUUCAUGCUGAACCUGCCGCCGGCGCGUGUGACGGACAAGCUGCGGGGGUUGCUGACGGAGGUGUCGGCCAAGCCGGCGCUGGAGAAGCUGAUGAAGGCCACGGCCUGCAGCGAGCCCAUGGCGCAGCGCGUGUGCAUCGAGUACCUGAACCGGCACGGCAAGUCCAAGGUGGACCCGGCCAAGAUGCUGGCCUUCUACAACAGCCACAAGGACAGCGUGGACUUCAGCAGGCCGCUGACGGUGCAGGACCUGCUGAAGCACAUGGACGUGGCGGCAUGCAUACGCAAGAUCCAGGAGCGCGUGCCGGGGCUGCCGCACCAGACCGCGGAGCUGGCGGCCACGCUGUGCAUGGCGGAUGCGGACGCGGCGGUGCAGCUGCUCACAGCCUCCGCCGCGCCGCCGGCACUGGCGGGGCAGGUCUUCCUCACGGCCUCGCCGACCGACAUGUACGGAGCCGGCGGAGCGGGGGCCGGCGGAGCAGACGGCCGGGGUCCGUACGGCGCAGGAGGGCAGGCGGGCGGCGGGCGCGGGCUGCCGGCGGCGGCCACGGUUGUGCUGACACCCACCGGCGGUGCGCUAACGGGGAUGGCGGCGCAGCCGCAGGGGCCCGGCGGUAGCAGCAGCGGCAGCAGCCGUGUGUCGGCGGACGGCGGCAGCUACGGCCACUCCAGCUUGGCGGGCGAGGCGGCCGGCAGUGGCGCGCUGUCGCCGGGCGCGGCUGCAGCAGCACAUGCGCACGUGGUGCAGCAGGCGCAGGCGCAGGGGCUGCUGCUACAGCCGCACCACCUCAUGCAGGCGGCGGCAGCCGCGCAGGGCAUUGCUGUGGGCGGCGGCGGUCAGGCACUGCCGCCCGACCCUCUGUCCGACCCCGCCGCUGGCCUGGACAUCGCCGGCGAGCUGAAGCAGUUCACGGACCGGCUGCUGCAGCUGCAGCAGCAACAGCAGCAGCAGCGCGAGGCGGCGGCAGCCGCCGCCGCCGCGAACGCCGCCGCCGGAGGCGGCACGCCAGGGUCCGCCGGCGCGGCGGGGUCUGCGUCGGCUGCUGCCGCGGCCGCCAUCAUGCUUCCGCCCAGCCACAUCGACAUGCUGAGCAACCUGGUGCUGCAGUCCAACGCCGCCAUCAACCGCUACCUGGUGGAGCGCCAGCAGCUGCACAAGGACUUGGCCAUGCUCAAGAAGCACAAGGAGUGGGCUGACAGCCGCAUCAGCGACCUCAUAAAGAAGGCGUGUGAGAGCGACAAGCCGUUUGCGGAGGAGGUGCGCGGCCUGCGCGAGGAGGUCAAGCGGCUGCGGGCGGACAAGGAGGUGCUGGAGGCCAGGUGCAUUGAGGUGGAGGGCGCGCUGGUGGGGCUCAAGGAGAACGUGUACGCCAAGGACGGCGCGCGGCGCGAGGCGGAGACGCGGCUGCAGGCGCUGGAAGCGGAGGUGUCGGCGGCGGCGCUGCGGGAGGCGGAGCUGCAGAAGCAGCUGACGGAGGCGCAGGACAAGAUUAAGGCGGCCUCCAAGCGAGCCGCCACGCUGGAAAAGCAGCGCACCCGGGCGGGCGAGGACAAGGCGGCGGAGGUGGCGGCGGCUUGCGAGCGCGCCAAGGAGCUGGAGAAGCUCACGGCGGCGCUGCGGGCGGCGGAGCGCACAGCCAAGGAGCGAGGCGAGGCGCUGGAGGCGGAGCGGGCGGCGCGGUCCAAGCAGCAGAGGGCUGCGGAGCUGGCGGCCCAGACCGCCGAGGCGGUGCGGCUGAGCUUGGAGGCCGAGGUGGGCAGGGCCCAGGAGGCAGCAGCGGCGUCCGCGGCACGUGUGGCGGAGCUGGAGGCGCAGGCGGCCAGUCUGCAGGAGCAGCUGGGGCGGGCCGUGCAGGACACGGCCGAGGCGGUGGGGGCGGCGGAGGCCGCGCGCUCCGAGGCGCGGGCGGCGGUGGAGGCGGCGCAGGCGGCAGCGGCGGCGGCGCGUGACGAGGCGGCAGCGCUGCGGGCGCAGGUGCAGGGCGCAGGCACAGGCCGCUCUCUGUCACGCGGCGCGCCCGACGCCGGCGCCGCUGCGACUGGCACGCAGUCUGACGGCGCGCUGCUUAGUUCGUUUGCGAACCAGCACGUGCAGGGCGCCGCGGCGCUGAGCCUAAUGGGCAGCGGGAGCGGCAGCGGCGCCGGACUCGGCGAUGGGCUGGGCGGCGGCGGCAGCGGCAGCGGCGGCCCGGGCGCUGGGCGGCUGAGCUACAACGGCAAGGCCGGCAGCGGCACCACCGGCGCCGGCAGCCUGGGGCUGAGCCUGGUGGGGAUGGGCUCGGCCGGCGGGCAGCGGCGCAGUAGCAGCCCCAGCCCCAACCCCUCCCCGGGGCCUAGCAGCCUGUGGGGCAACGGCCACUACUGCGCCCCCGACUUUCUGGGCCUGGCACUUGGUCCGCUGCCUUCGGCCGGGGCGGCGGGGCCAGGCGGCGCGGUCAAUGGUGCAGGCCUGGCUGGCGGCAUGGGCAACGGCCUAGGCGGUUUGGUCGGCGUCAUGGGCCCGCAGCAGCACAUGCAGCAACAGCAGUUGCAGCAACUGCAGCAACUGCAGCAGCUACAGCAGCUGCAGCAGCAACAACAACAACGGCACAUGCAAAUGGCCGGCAACGGUGUGGCUGGCCGCCCGCCGGCAGGGCCGAUGGGCAUGGCUGGCAACCCCGCCGCCGCCGCCGCCAUGGCUGCGGCGGAGGCGUCCAAGACUGCUGCCGCGGCUGCUGCUGCGGUCGCGGUCAUGGGCCACAACCAGGGCGGCGGGCCCGGUGGCGGUGUUGCGGGUUGCACGGGUGCGGCCAUGAUGGCGCGCAACGGCAGCAACGGCCUCAACGGCUUGGCGCAGCCUCAGGGGCCUCCGGCGCCUGGGCAGCAGCAGCAGCAGCAGCAGCUGGGUGGCGGGCUGGGGCUGCUUGGCCCGGGAGGUGCUGCGGCUGGGGUCGGGGCAUUCACGGCUGCAGACGCCGCAGCGGCGGUGCGCAACCUGGGGCUGGGAGCCAUGGGCCUGGGCCUGGGCCCGGAGGCUGAGGCGGCUGGUCUGUCUCUGGAGCAGCAGCAACAGCAGCAGCAGAUGCUGGCUCUGGCGCAGGCGCGGGGUCAGCUGAUGGGCUCGGUCUCGCAGGCGCAAGCUCAGCAGCAGGCGCAGCAGCAGGCCGCCGCGGCCAACAACCUGCUAGGCCUGGGUCGCCUUGGAGGCGGUGGAGGUGGCGGUAUGGGUGGCCUGGGGCUGGGUGGCGGGUUCAGCCAGCUAACGGGGCAGCAGGCGCUGGGGGCGCCAGGCGCCGGAAACGGCGGCGGGCUGCGGCCACCCAUGCAGCUUGGCACACUGCAGCACCAGCACCAGCUGGGCCAGCAGCAGCAGCAGCAGCUGGGGCACAUCGCGGGGCCGCCGACGAACGAGGCGUUGCUGCGUCAGCUGGAGCUGCUGAGGCAGAUGUGACAGUCUGGAGAGGUGGUGCAGGCGCCGCGAGGCCUGUAGGAUCGGCCCGCUUGCGUGGCAACUGUGCCGUGGCCUUGCAUGCGCCUGUAUCGGGCUCGAGCGGCUCUGCCACAGAACAAAAGUAAUUACGGCCGAUUGGUUGACCUAGUUGACCGAGAGGUCCAGGAAACAGGCGCGUCUAAACCCAUACCUGGGAGUUGCGGUAAUAAUGUGGAACGGGUUGUUGAGUACCGCGACAACGCUUUUUGGCAAUGCUGCAACCUGUCAGUCUUGCCAGCGUGUAUGGCCCUGUGUAAAAUUUCAAUUAAAUGCAUGGUUGAGCACUUGCGGCGUGCUCUGAGCCGAGCGUGUCCCUGCUCAAAGGAUAUCAAUGACAUGCGAAGAGCCCAUGCUGUAAGAGGCUGGUCCGAGCGCUUCGCACCAGGCAGAUAAUGAUGGCCUUGUGGGCUCGUUGCACAACGUGUGGGAGGACUGGAUUUACGGUGCACUGGUGCACGGGAGAAGGAAUAUUAUGGCAUGCGAAUGGGCAGAGCUGUCAGCGCAGCUGACCAGCAGAUAUGCAUGUGCACACUGGGUUCGGGUGCGUUGUGGGGCCGAGCAGGGUUCAAGGGUGGACGUAGCUGCUGUUACAUACAGUCUGUGCACACGAUUACAAGGCUUUCCUUGUACUGCUUCCUCAGUUUAGGCAGUGCCGGAAGCAGGUUAGCAGGGAGAGGUCCAAGACUGCACGGGCAUUACCCAUCUGUGACGCCGCGUAGUCGGGACACUGGAGAGGAUCCACGGUGCGCAUGUGCAACUGUGCAUGUGCUAUUGAGAGCACAAGGGACGGAGUGUGUGCAUGCCGCUUCUGUAAUGUGGUGCGCUGCGAACAUGUAUGCGUUGACACUUUGGGUCAGCGGCCUCCCCUGCUUUGGGCGCCUCACACUCAUAUCCGCACACACGAGGGUGGAUGGCGGGGGUGGACGAAGCCUGGGCGCAAGCCUACGCGUGGUGCGUGCCAAGCGCCUAAGCACACACUUGCAUGCGGAAAAACGCGGGGAGAAGCCGCUUGACGUUGUUGUGAAACGGCACUU